AUGUCCUCCCUCAACCAAGACCAAAUCAAAACCCUCGAACAAUCCCGCCAACGCCUCAUCCAACUCACCCAUUCCCUCGCCUCUCUCAUAACCAGUCUCAAUCAAAGCGAUCCUCUCCCCUCCUGGACAUCCCUCCAAUCCCAAGCAACCAUCAUCUCCAACAACCUCCUCACCAUCUCCGACCACCUCUCCGAUAACCGCGACCUCCUAUCCAACAUCGUCGCCUACCCCGACGCAUCUUAUCCGUCGCGCGUCCCCGCUAAUAACGUCGCCCUCGAGCAAGUCCUGCGCACGAAACUAGAUCCCCGCGUUGAGGAUUGGGUAGCGCGCGGUCGUCGCGCCGGGGCGCCAACUACUUCUUCUGAUGCUGGAGCCGGAGCACUGGGACAAUACCAGACCAGCAGUGGACAGAGAUUAUUGAGUGAUGAUGCGAUUGCUGAAUUGUGGGAUUGGGCGCCUGUCGCGGCGAAUGAGGAGGCCAGGAAGAGGAAUUGGGGCGGCAAUUAUACGUUGGAGGAGCGGGAGAUGGGGAUUGAGAAUGUAGUUACGGGGUUGAGCAGGGUGUUGGAGGAUGAUGAUGAGGAGGAUGAGAGUGAUAGUGAAGAGGGAGAGGGCGAGGCGGAUGAGAUGGAGGUUGUCGGGGCAAGGAGAAGGUCCGGGGCUGGAGCUGGGCUGGAGUUCGAUAUUGCUGCUGCGAAUACUGGGUCUGGGGCUAAUGCUGGUGCGGGGGCUAAGGUGGUUGCGCCUGUGGUGCCAUUGGAUGAGAUUCUGAGGUUCAUGACUACGGGGGCUGUGCCGGGACAGCGGUGA